CGGCGCGAGCUCAGUCGCGCGCGGGACGGCGUGCGAGCGCGCGCACCGCUGCACGUGCAUGGCGCGCUUGACUGGAUGCCUCGCGCCCUCGGGGAAUGGCUUCGUCCGAGGAAGAGGCGACUACCGCGUCGAUCCCUGAAGAUGACUGCCUCAGUGUCCGGAAAUGGUGGUGCUUCCUCCUGUCGUCGAUCUUCACGUUCCUCGCCGGCCUGCUGGUGGUGCUGGUAUGGCGCGCGUGCGCGUUCGUCUGCUGCCGCAAGGAGCCCGAGCUCGCGCCCAACGACCCCAAGCAGAAGGAGCAGAAGGCGGCGCGGCAGGGCAAACAGGAGUUCGAGGGCACCUUCAUGACCGAGGCCAAGGACUGGGCCGGCGAGCUCAUCUCCGGCCAGACCACCACCGGACGAAUACUGGUAGUGUUGGUGUUCAUCCUGAGUAUAGCAUCGCUGAUCAUCUACUUCAUUGACGCGUCCAGUGAGGAGGUGGAGCGAUGCCAGAAAUGGAGUGACAAUAUUACUCAGCAGAUCGAUCUUGCCUUUAACAUAUUUUUUAUGGUCUACUUUUUUAUACGAUUUAUAGCAGCUAGUGACAAACUAUGGUUCAUGCUCGAGAUGUAUUCAUUUGUAGAUUAUUUCACGAUACCCCCAUCCUUUGUAUCGAUAUACCUGGAUAGAACGUGGAUAGGGCUGAGAUUUCUGAGAGCUCUACGCUUAAUGACCGUGCCUGAUAUUUUGCAGUACCUCAAUAUAUUAAAAACAUCGAGCUCAAUUCGGUUGGCGCAAUUAGUUUCUAUAUUUAUAUCAGUAUGGUUAACUGCUGCCGGCAUUAUUCAUUUGCUGGAAAAUUCUGGUGAUCCGCUAGAAUUUGAAAAUGCACAGAAGCUUUCAUAUUGGACAUGUGUGUACUUUUUGAUAGUCACCAUGUCCACAGUAGGUUAUGGUGAUGUGUUCUGUCACACUGUGCUGGGCAGAACAUUUUUGGUUUUUUUUCUGCUCGUCGGCUUGGCAAUGUUCGCUAGUAGCAUUCCCGAAAUUAUAGAGCUGGUAGGAAGUAGGUCCAAGUACAGUGGCGAGCUGAAGCGUGAACAUGGAAAAAGGCAUAUAGUUGUGUGUGGACAUAUAACAUACGAGUCAGUGAGCCAUUUUUUAAAAGACUUCCUACAUGAAGACAGAGAAGAUGUGGACGUUGAGGUUGUUUUUUUACACAGGAAACCGCCCGACUUGGAGCUCGAAGGCCUGUUCAAGAGACACUUUACCACUGUGGAAUUCUUUCAAGGCACCAUUAUGAACCCAAUCGACCUACAGAGGGUAAAAGUGCACGAAGCGGACGCAUGUCUGGUGCUAGCCAACAAAUACUGCCAGGACCCCGACGCAGAGGACGCGGCCAACAUUAUGAGGGUCAUCUCCAUCAAGAACUACUCCGACGACAUCAGGGUCAUCAUUCAGCUCAUGCAAUACCACAAUAAGGCCUACCUUCUUAACAUUCCGUCGUGGGAUUGGAAGCAGGGCGACGACGUCAUUUGCCUGGCGGAGCUCAAAUUGGGUUUCAUCGCGCAGAGCUGCCUCGCGCCCGGUUUCUCCACUAUGAUGGCGAAUCUCUUCGCUAUGCGCAGUUUCAAGACGUCCCCCGACACCCAAGCUUGGCAGAAUGAUUACCUCCAGGGUACCGGCUGCGAGAUGUACACGGAGACACUGUCGACAUCUUUCACGGGGAUGAGCUUCCCUCAAGCGAGCGAGUUGUGUUUCACGAAGUUGAAGCUGUUACUGCUGGCCAUUGAGAUCAAGGGGGAAGAGGGAGCAGACAGCAAGAUCUCCAUCAACCCGAGGAUUGCGAAGAUUCACGCCAACACUCAAGGGUUUUUCAUAGCACAGUCCGCUGAUGAGGUCAAAAGAGCUUGGUAUUACUGCAAGGCCUGCCAUGAAGACAUCAAGGAUGAAACACUCAUCAAGAAGUGCAAGUGCAAAAAUUAUGUCGGAAUGAUGAUGAUGCAGACUGGGAUGGUGAAACAAAAUCUUAAUACAUAUCGAGGUUGUCUCGACGAUGACCACCAUCCUCCCCCCACGUUCACGCCGCCAGAGUUGCCCAAGAAGGUCCAUGUUCGAGGUGAAAUCGCGAGGGAAAGAGGAGAAGACACUAGUUUGAUAAAUCGAAAUCACCGGAGUGCUGCUCCAUCGGCGUUGCUGUCUCCGAUGGCGAACCAACUCAUAAAUACCACAACGAGGCAGGUCAACAAGGUCAAACCAAACGUGAAUAGAGCUCCACCGGACACGCCCACGAGUAGGAGUAGUGGGGAGAAGAACAGCAACGGUGUUAGUCUGCCAGCGGGUCUGGCGGACGACCAGUCGAAAGACUUCGACUUUGAAAAGACUGAAAUGAAAUACGACUCCACUGGUAUGUUCCACUGGAGUCCCGCCAGGAAUCUCGAGGAUUGUAUAUUAGACAGAAACCAAGCGGCAAUGACAGUUCUAAACGGUCACGUCGUGGUUUGUCUAUUUGCGGACCCCGACUCGCCUCUAAUAGGGCUUCGGAAUCUGGUAAUGCCGUUGAGGGCAUCGAAUUUCCACUACCACGAGUUGAAGCACGUGGUCAUCGUGGGUAGCGUCGAAUACAUCAGAAGGGAGUGGAAGAUGCUUCAGAAUCUUCCCAAGAUAUCCGUGUUGAAUGGUUCACCGCUAAGCCGGGCCGACUUGCGUGCGGUGAAUGUUAAUUUGUGCGACAUGUGCUGCAUCCUGUCAGCGAAGGUGCCAUCCAACGAUGACCCGACGCUGGCUGACAAGGAAGCUAUCCUGGCUUCGUUGAACAUCAAGGCGAUGACGUUCGACGACACGAUAGGCGUGCUGAGCGCGGGGGUGGGGACGAACGGCAGCAGCGCCGCGCCGCCGCCGCCGGGGCAGGCGCCCGCGCCGGUGCUGCUGCAGAGGAGGGGGUCCGUGUACGGUGCCAAUGUGCCUAUGAUUACCGAGCUGGUGAACGACAGCAACGUACAGUUCUUGGAUCAGGAUGAUGACGACGACCCUGACACAGAACUGUACCUCACUCAACCGUUCGCUUGCGGCACGGCCUUCGCUGUGAGCGUGCUCGACUCUCUUAUGUCCACCACGUAUUUCAACCAAAAUGCCUUAACGCUGAUCCGGUCGCUGAUCACGGGCGGCGCCACUCCAGAGCUGGAGCUAAUCCUCGCCGAGGGAGCUGGACUCCGAGGAGGGUACUCUACGCCUGAGAGUUUAGCUAAUAGGGACCGGUGUAGAGUCGGCCAGAUAUCUCUGUACGACGGCCCGCUGGCGCAGUUCGGCGAGGCGGGCAAGUAUGGAGACCUGUUCGUGGCGGCGCUACGCUCCUACGGCAUGCUAUGCAUCGGCCUCUACCGGUUCCGGGACACGUCCUCCUCCUGUGACGCCAGCAGCAAGCGAUACGUCAUCACCAACCCGCCCGAUGACUUCAGCUUGCUGCCCACCGACCAGGUGUUCGUCCUGAUGCAGUUCGACCCGGGCGUCGAGUACCGCUCGUCGCGGCGCGCGGGCUCCGCAGCGGGCAGCGGCAAGGACGACGCCUCCUGACUAUUGCUGUGCAGCGCCCUCACCGACGGGCCCUACUCCUACAUCUAGGGCUAGGGGCCCGUCCACUCCACCCGCCCUGACAAUCCUACCUACCGUCUUAUGUUAUGUUCGUUACGCACCUUUAUCCUGGUCUGACGCCGUCCCUUUCCGGCCGUUGGGCGUUUACUGUGUCACGCGGUUUAGCACGGUCGAAUCCAAUGGGUUUGGGGAGGUCAUAUUUAGUUCAAUGUUCUUUUUCAGAUAUCUUUUAUUACACAUUUUGUAGACUUUUAAGUAAGAGUUAAAAGGUUAUUGCAAUGUGUUCAUUUUGGGGAAUGAAACUCACCCUUCAGACUGCCCCAGCUGCUCAUUAAAAGGAGCGCUGGUGCAUUUUUUUAUGCAUUUGAAGCUCUACUCAUCAACAGUAUCUUAAUUCUCGCUGAUGUAGAAUAAGAUAGGAUGCGAAUAGGGAAAUCUACGUGAUACAGAAAACGCUCGUUUAACGUAAUACGUUACACCCAUCCGCUGUUUCGUUUUUGCCCUUCUCUUUUCUGUAUUUGAAUUCGUUGACCUAUUAGUUGACACUUCGGACACUGCACGCACUGCAAACACUGUCGCACCCCUCCGAUGCCUCUUCGACGUUUUCUGUGUCCAAAUCUGACUCGGAAAAUCGUUAAAUCGGUCACCGCCGCGAUGCACAUUGUGAGCGAUAUACUUACUUUGGUAAUACUCAUUGUGAGCAAUAUACUUACUUUGGUAAUACACAUUGUGAGCAUUAUAAUUACUAUGGUAAUACAUAUUGUGAGCGUUAUACUUACUAUGGUAAUACACAUUGUGAGCGCUACACUUUCUGUCGAAAAUAGUCGAAAUGUACAUCGUGAGCGGUAUACCGAGAUAGUACAGAGUGUUCCGGUCCGCUGUUUGUAGAUGAUGAUCGUUUAUCAUGAGUAUUAGGGUGGCUUUCGGUGUUACACACGUAUUCUAUUAGUGCUGAAAAUAUUAGGAAGAAUGAGAUUUAGAGAAAAGCUGUAGUCCGCUGAUCGAAGCGCGAUCGAAACACUCUGGAACGGUGUAUUCCCUUUUAAGGCACACUGCACACUAUCCGUUGAAAAUAGGCGUUUACUCGAAUUAAUUUACAAUUAUAAUAAACACUUAAAAUGUAAGAGACGGCGUGAUAAAAGCAAAGUCAUUUUUUUAUUUAAACGACUAAAAUGCUCAAUAUCUAACUAAAGGAACCUUUUAAACUUUUAAUUGCAUGACCGACAUGAAUCCCGGAUAAUAAUCUAUUGUUAUAAUUGUAUAAAGUUUCCUUCUUUUAGAAUAUUCAUUCCUUAUUGAGUAGGUUUUGUCUCUCGAAUCAUGUAUAUAUGUAAGGCAGUACGUCUAAAAACUUAGUUACAUUUUAAGCAUUUAAAAUAUGACUCAUCGACUGAUCGUUAAGCACUUCAUCUAUUUUUUUAUUUGUUUAAAUAUUUUAAGAUGACGCUUUUUUAUACCAAGCUUAUUUCGCAUUUCUGAGCGUACUGUACAGGUGUUUGAGUUUAAAAUUUUAUAAGUAAACUAAUUGAUUGCAGUUUGCUUAAAUCAAAAAUACAAGUUUAAAAAGAAGUUUAAUUUGCAGCGAUAAAUUUUACCCCUAUUUAUGGUUCUUAUCUUAGUUGUGACUUGAAAAAUUUUUAAAAGCAGAGAAUGAACCAUUCUAGUGGUUCUUCAAUUAUAUUUUUCUUAAUCCUGUACAGACGGCUCAUGAAAAUUAAGAAAAAGGUUUUGUGUAGGAAUCGAACCGUCUUGAGUUUUUUUUUAUAUACUUAAUUGAAUUCACAUUGAAUUCAUAUGUAAGUAUCGUUAUUAAUAAGUUUAAGGCCAAAUCAUAUCUUCUUUCUUUUAUACUUUUUCCUCUAUGCACGUUUCAUAAUAGUAUAAAGUAAAAUUGUCGAUUUCUGUGUUCUUUAUUAUCCAUUACAUACAUCCUACAUAGACACACUGUUGCUUGAUUAAAUCUGUAGUGAGCUGUUUUUUUUAACUUUUGAAAAAAAAAAACAGGUCACUACAAAACAUUAUUAGAUAUUUCAUGUCAUUUGACUAUUUAGUUAGUAGUUAAUAUUUUAGUUUUUACGUUAUGUUUAUUUUUUUAAUAAAAAUUUUAUAAAGAUUUCCGUUAUUUUCUUUUGAUUUUGUUUUCUAAUAUUUUUUUUUUAUUAUUAUUUGUAUUGAUAAACACCAACUUUGGGAGGGGGAUUGUCAAAGUGGACGUGAUAUAAGGCGCUGCACAUUAAAGUAAACUCUUAUGAACUGAAACAAAUUAUACGAAAAACAAUGUCUAAAGAUGCCACUACGUAUAUAUGUAUGUUUGAAUCCAGGGAAGUUGUUCUAUUUAUUUUGCGUGGGACACUGAGUGCAACGUGUAAUUUUGCUGUAAAUGUGUGAUAUAUCAUUUUCGAAACGUCGUUGUUAUUAUGAAAAUAAAGGGAAAAAAAUAUAAAUAGGGCUUCUGAAGCCUGCGAUGUAUUUAGUGUUAACUCCGGGUGCUUUGACGAUUGUGGACUCUUCAUAGUUUACUACAUUAUAUUAAUUGUAUUAGAUAAGACACUUUUGAUCGACUGCAUAACGCUAACUGAAUCCGCCAUCGUGAACAAACAUUAUAGAUACUUAGUGCAGUUGGUUGAAGGUCCUUUUUAGAAUUUACUAGAGAUUAGUCAUACAUUCGCCUCACGAUUUAUUAGUGAAUCAGACCUCGGGAUAUCAUUCGGAGGGUUAAUAAUGCAAUAAUUUAUUACUGGAUUGGUUUUACAAGAUGUUUGAUAAAGACAGCUUUAAGAAUAUCAAUGUAAUCGAGCCUUUUUGCACACUUGCUUGCUGGGCUCAGUUCUAUUGCACAUUAAUUACUACUUCCGUGUUUUAUAAUUUACACUUGCAGUCAAAACUCUGACUUUUUAAUUAUGGGUAGAACAAAUACUAACUAUAUCAGAAUUAUCCAUUUAAAAUUUAUUUAAGUUUUAAAAGGAACCAAAGAUGACGAACAAAAAAAUAUGAAAAAUAUUACAAAGACAAAACAUAAUAUACAAUUAACACCUGCACUUAAAUAGAAUAUCUUGUAAAAAAGAGAAAGACAAAACUCACAAAACUUUUUUUGUUUUUGUUUAAAUGUACAAGAGAAUCGAGCCCGUUAGCACCAAAUAAUGCACAGACAGCCAUGCCUCAAGUUACCCAAAACUGUUUAAAUCCAAAAAAAGAGCUUUACAUUGAUUGAUUUACGAUUCAAAAUCGAUUUGGAAAAUCUAACAUUUUGUUGUAAUUUUAUGUGUGGCUGACUGUAUAAUAUCAGUAAAUACCUCAAAAAAUAAAUAUUCUUUAAAAUAUUUAUCAAACAUCUAUAUUAUAUGUACGCAUAGUGUCAAGUCGCCUCACAUUAUUAUAGUGAUUUCAUCGUUCAAAUAGAUUAGGCAAAGCCGGCCUUAAUUACAAUUAGGUUAGUAUCGGUGUACCUUCGGUGUGAACGCGUAGACAAAAAUUGGAACGGUUCAAAGCCACAAAAGAAAAAGUUAGUUAAAGGAAUUGAAUGCAAACAUACUGCCAUAUUUUUGUAACACAAAUAACAAAUAAACCCAUUAAUACAAUAACAUUCACACCAUAAAGUAAAGAGUACAAAAUGACACUGUGACCCAGAGAGAUAUUGUAUGUAUGAAAUACGUGAAUGUAACACUUUAUGGGAUGUUUUCCUAUAAUCUGAGAAAUUAGCUCCAAGCUUAACUGCUCUUGCACUACUAAACAAAAUGCUUUAACUACCAUUCAGUGCUCCCCCUCCCGGGAGAUAAAACUAAGUAAUGCCAAUUUCCUAAUCCUCUUCAUACACCGUGCCAAAUAUCAGUUCGAUUCGUAAUAUAAAUUUUAAGUAAUCAAUCAAAACAAAAAAAAAAACAGAAAAAAAAAUAUUGAAAAUAAUUAUUAAUAAAAAAGGCAAUUAUAUGCGUUCAAUAGUUAAGUACGGGUUCACCGAUAGCGUUAUAUUAUACCUAAAUAUUAACAGCCUAAAAACUAAGCGAACUUACGAACACCAAUUACCCGCGUAUAAUGUAUGUUGUAGGAAGGUAUUGUAAAGGGCAGGCCACACAGGACCAAAAAUAAUGACGUUUUGCUCAGUUCAUGUAAUUAGUACAAUUGGAACUAAUCAAAGAGCUCGUUCGCGUAGUGAAACCAAGAAUGAAAUGAUGCGGGUAUCGACAUAAACAUUGACAAGUUGUUCGUUUCGCUUCGCUCCCGGUGUGGCCCACGCUCUCAUUACCUCAUUGGAACAAUGUUUCUGUGGAAAUCUAUAGGCAAUUUUAGGACGCUGACGUGACUAAAUUAUAAUGGUGGUAUAUUACUGUGGAUAGAGAUGGCACUUACAGCUUUACUCGACUUGGUCAUAUUGAUUGUACUGUGAUCAUUAAAAACGAUGGAGGCAAAAACACUCAAAUAAUAUACAUCAAUCAUUUACCUACACGUAAAAGAUCAAAAUUAUUUCGACUUGCAGAGUGGAAACGUAAGCUCGGUCCUUAUAAUCGGACCAUGCCUACCUCCUCUAUACUAUACGAAAACUAAAUGCACAGUUUUACAUAUUCUCUUUCUACACUGAUUCAAGUUUACCGAAGUAACUCAUUUCACUUAGCCUUAUAAAGCAAGAUUCCAGUCACCGCAGACUUACGUGCUUUUAGGGAAGAUGAAAUUCUAAAGAUCGUUAGUAUAAUAUAAACUUAGAAACGAAUGGAUACUCGACAAGGCAGUAUAUGAAACGGCCUUAGGCUUUCAGCUUAGCGAAAAUUUUAAAUAAGUAGGGGAUACUGAAGAGAUUUAUCAAUAAUUAAUCCUAAGGGGUUUGGGGGAACACCAAGCGCGAUUUUCGAUAUUAGUUCCGGGCAGUCAACAGCCCUAAAAGCGAUCCUAUACUCAGGAAAACUGCGUGACGCUUAUGCCUUUCUGUUUUAUUUUAAUUGAUAGUCUAAUAAGAAUUUAUGAGGUAUCUAACAAAAGUUUUGGUCAUAUAUGUUUGUUUAUAACAAUGUCACUAUAUAAAACAUAUGUAAAAACUUCCUACUUUUAGUAACGUAAGUGAGCUUUUUUUCCACUGUUCAUACCUGCCACCUAUGAAUCGACCUCACUUUCGGCUUAGUGAGUAUUCAUUCGCUUCUAAGUUCAUAUUAUGCUAACACUCCUAAAAGACAUAAUUCCCAAAAUCACGUAAAUCUGGGGUGACCGGGAUCUUGGACCAUAACCGUACUGAUCUAAUUAAUCAUAAAUUAUAAAGCAAACAUAAUCGUAAACACCGUUGUCAAAAAGCAAUAAAUAUGUAUAAAAUAUUUAUAAUAGUAAAGCAAGGAUGCAGUUACGUAUGGAAAAAUAUUAAUUAAAAAUAUAUUUCAAAAUGGUUAUUGCAUCACAUAUACUUAUGGAAACACUAUAAUGGAUGUAUCGAAAUUGUAAAAUUUUGAGAUGGUUGUGCACGAUAUAAUAGAAUUAUUUAUGUAAAUGUAAAUUUAACUAAUCGGUCUGUCCAAAGAAAAAACAUAACUACUUAUUCGAGCUAAAAGAUCUCACUAGGCUUAUUUGGCCAAAACGUUUGCCAAGUUUAGGGCUAGUAAGUUGGUUAAAAGAAUUCACUAGAGCAGGCCCGUUAUUGUAAUGUUUUAGUUGUAUUUGAGCUUGAUAUAUCGGUGUAAGUAGAAGCCCUUGCAUGCCGCGGUUACCUAGCGGGAGAUGAGAUGCGUAGAGUAACGCACACCGCAGUGCAGUCGAACUAAAACAAUCGAUUUUUUAAAUUUUUAGCUAGUAUUGUUGUAUAUAGUCAACUGUCAUUUUGUAUGUUACCUAAGAGUUUUUCAAAGUACGUCUCCUUUGCAUUACAAAUAGAAGGGUACGAUAUUAAAAGUUUAUAUUCGAAUACUGUCGUGUGUAGUUUGUUGUGAAUUAGGCUUCUGUCAAUGUAUGCUAGUUAAGAAUAGAGGUCGGCGUCUCAUUGUAAAAAUGUAAUAUAAUCGCUAUUAAUUUGAAUUAUUAUUAAAAAAUAAAUAUGAAUGUUAAAUAAGAUUAAUAUUAAAAUGAUGAUUUUUCCUUUAAUAUUUUUAUACAGCAUUACAAAAUAUUUAUCGCAAUUAAAAGUUUAUAGAGGUGGGUCAGUGUGCAAUUUAAAAUAGUGUUAAAAGUUUGUAUAAUCGCCUUAAUGAGAGAGAAUAUAGCCGAGUCCUUCUGCGUGUGUUUGCUUGUGGCGUAAUGUUUACUUUGCGUUUAAGAGGCGAUAUUGUCACAUAUAUGGGUAUUUCAUGAAAAUACUUUGACUUAUAUGUAUUCAACACCACUUUUUCAUUUUCCAAUAAAUAAAACCCAAUGUUUCGUUAAAGCCUCAAAAUCUAAAGAAAAAAAAUAUCAGCAAUCAUAAAAGAAAUAAUAAUAUAUAUUUGACCAAACUGGUGAAAUUCAUAAAGAAAGAGCUUUCAAUUCAAGUUUGCCAUUAAUAACCUACAUCAAUUAUAUCGAACGUUCCUAACUUAAGCUGAAGAUUAACAGAAUAUCGCCUCUUAAAACACAACGUGUAUGUAAUGUAUGCAUGUCACACGACAAAACUGUUGCUAGGUAAAUAUACCUUUGGUAACUGUAUUGUGAAUUAAACCCGGUACCCUGAAUUAUAAAUCUAAGCGCAACGCCUUAGCGCUCGAUAUUUGUAAACGAAUAUAAUUUUAAUACACGCAAUUAAAAUGAAAACUAACAACAUUCUAAUAAUUAUGUUCUCGUUGAUUCAAUAUAACACGUAUGCACUGUUUCACCACUGGGUUAACGGUAUUAAAACAAUUUAGGAAGCAGUACAAUGUAUAUGUGCACUGUAGGCAAUAAAAGAUUAAUAUAAAUUAAUGAAAGAAACACAUUAACUCUAACAAUACUUCAUGUAGUAUAUGAAUAAGCGAAAUAAGGAUACUCUUUCAAUUUUAUGCACAUAUAGCAGUGUAUUUUACAAACACCGUUGUCAGGGCUGCAUUUAAGGCAAGCAGGGCUGUCCAAGGCCUACGCUCUUGCGGGUGACAGGCCAUCACAAUAGAGAUAAAACGAAACCAAGUUUCGACGGGUCAAAUCGUUAGUGGCCCGAUCCAGAUUUAGGGGCCUCCACGCGUUCCUUACCCCAAGGCUUCCCUCACACACUCCUCUAAAUCCGGUCCUGACUGUCGUACAGAUUUAUCACAGAAUAUAAGUAUAAAUCAAGAAAAACGAACUACCCGCAGAUAUGAAACCAGUAACAUUUUUAUAUUUUUAUGCCUAUUUUAAUUGCCUUCCUAAAGAUUUAGGGCGGUUUCACAUUUGGUGGUUGAUGCUCGUCUCAUGAUAAAAUGCACUCAUAAUUAGUAGACACUAUAACUUUCCAGAAUGGAUUUAUCAGUUUCCCUAAACUUUUCUUAGGCUCUUGCGUUAUGUGACUACACUAUGCUGUAUUGCGAGCCGAAUCAAUGGCUACAAUAAGAACUUACUAUAUUAGCAAACUUUUUGAGUAUAUCGCAGAUAGGAUAAACUGAAAAAAAUAUAUCGAAUAGCUUUUCACGACGAAGCAGCUAAAGUAUGUAAAAUAUGUACUUAAAACACAACUAACAACAGUGAUAUGUUAUUGUUGUUUAAUAGAAUUACUUAUAUAUCACAAAAGGCUAGCAAUACAGCCCAUACAGACCGCCUGAUGGCAGACUCCUUAUCAAACACCAAGAGUGCCCGGUACCUAUUCCUGAUUUUAUCUGUUAUUGUUACGAAUAUGUUUGUCCUCAACUAACAAAUUGAUUGGGUUGGUUAUAGUUUACAUAUAUAACUGUGUUCAAACACCCUUUCAAUUGACAAAAAACCACCAGAUCAAAAACCGCAACCCAGUGGUAGCAUUUCGUGGCAUCGAAAUUAGAAAUACCAACCAUGCGCUUGGUCUCUCAGUUCCUGUAUAAAAUUCUCUCUUACUAACCACUUCAACAAACCCAACGACGAAAUAUUUAAACUUGACAUAUUAUAUUAUGUAAUUAUGUACGAUGCACACUUACCGGCGCGCCGGAGCGCAGCGCAUUUAACAAUCUGCUAAAGGAAACUGAAACUUCCACAACGUAGUUAAGUUCCUUAUUUGCAUGCAAUUAAACAGCUAUCAAACCGCCUGGCUGCGCUCAGAUACAGCUACAGCCGCUCGGUUCCGCAUGCAACUUAGAAACUUAACAACUUUGUGGAUGUUUCAAUUUCCUUCAGCAAAUUGUAAUAUACGCUACGCUGUGCUACGCCGCGCGCCGGUAAGUGAGAAUCGUACAUUAAUGUGUACGUACACUCACUGGGAUCGAAUUACGAACUAAUAUCACUAAUAAUGCCUAUAUGCAAACCUAGUAAUUCAUGUUCUGUGUGCAUUAAAAGUCCUAGAAUUAACAACAUUGUUGACUAUUGCUAUUAGCUUGAGGUUGUUAAAUUUUUUAGAAUGAGAAAGGUGAGUUUUUCAUGUAAUAUACGUAUAUAUAUAUAAAAAAAAAUCUUUAAUGCUCUAUAAUACGAAUGUUCGCUAGACCUUUUUUGUAAGCUGAUUGCCAUCUUAUUAUCGUGUUGUUACACACUAGUCCUCUCCUUAUUAACGUAGUAUCAAUAUAUAAUGAUGGCUGUGAGGUAAAUAAUUGUAACAAUUUAAAUUUAUAUUGUGUAAAUGAAUUAAUAAAAAUAGAAAACAAAUGGAUCGCUCUGUCGCAACGACUGGUCUGAUGCUGUCUUUACACCUCUUAUUUGUCUUAGUAUUGUUAAUUCGUUGUCAGUUCGUUAGAAAUUGUGUAAAAAUUAUAUAGUUUAUUUUGCAGGUCUCAUUUAAAAUAGGGAUAACAUUUAUAUUUACCGUUUUUUCAUGUUCGAAAUGAACUUGAUCAUAUUUAUCAGUGCUAAGACAAUGAAUCCUGUUUUAUUUUGCGAAAAGAUGUAUUUUUUGUCUUGGGUUGCCAUUUUAUGUCCUAUGAAUUUCACUUUUUAUUGAUGAAAUUUAAAAAAACGUAUGUUUAGUCGAAAGACUGGACAGUCUAUUACAUAUCUCUAGGUGAAAAUCGCUUGUGUUACGAUCUUUACAGUUAUAAUGGAAUCAUGCAGCGCCGGCCGGGAUGGCAAUAAACUCCAAAUAACAAAAAAUCGAAAGCAAUAUCCAGCAAGAAAUAAUGUUUUAUCAAACAUGCUUGGAAAUUUGAGCAUUAUUUUGACAACCUUCUUCGAGAAAUAGAAAUUGCUGUACUGGCCACAUACAUGCGAACAGCGGCCGGCAAAAGUGGUAUGAAAACCCAUGUCGGUCGUGUUAUUUAUAUGGUCGCUAAGACCAUAUAAAUAACAUGGUACUAAAGUCAUAUAUGUCGUGUAAUUUGAAAAUAUAACAAUCUUUUACACCAAAACAAGGCACCGAGAUAACUUAUCAAAGGUUUUUUUAAAUUUCGAAUUGACUUGCAAAUAAAUAAAGCUGUUUAUUGAAAUAAAAAAAAAACAAAUGAAUGAAUGUUGUUUAUUUUAUCCGUCAUUCGAUUUUGAAGAAAGUUCUGCCUAUCCUUCAGUUCUGUAAAUUAGAUUUUAUUUCCCCACAAGCCUUGGUCACAACAAGGCAUUGAUGUACUUAUGUAUGUGUGCCUCGGCUUCGUCCAUCAUUGUCUCUUUUGCUGGCCGCUGUAGUAAAGUACUAUAAAGGGCUUGGGUCGGCGCUGGAAUCGUGGUGCUCUAGCGAUUAUCGCUUUAUAUUGGUAAAACUCUUCACAUUCGAGUUUAUAUCCAAAUUCAAACUAAUAUAUUUAGUUAACCUAGUUAUUAUUACUAUUAUUUUAGUUCAUAAGCGAUAUAACGUUUAAUUCUCAAACGGCUACUUUUUAUUUAGUUUAAGUGCUUUUAAAAGUGGCAACUAAUAAAAAUAAAGCUCACAGCUUUCUCUGCAGUUGCUCAAAUUUCACAGCCCCAAUUUCACCGCUUAUAGUUCCAUUUAAUGAUUAAAAAAACCAUCAGUUAUGUGAAGAUAAUAUUACAUUACCCUUUAAGCUUACGCAGGUACGAUUGACGACAUGUUACAGUAUUCAUUUAGGAUAGCAAAAUCUACUUAGUAUUACAGUUAUGCACUAUAUAUUCAACAUAUUAAAUUCUUAUAGGCCGAGAUUACACUUGGGAUUCUUGCCGCGCGAUGUUUUAAAUAAAUUCUCAUUUUUGUAGUUUUCUAACGCGCAUUGAGUUUGAGCAGAUAUUAAGUCAUCCAACCGGAAAUUUAAUCAUAUGGGAAAUAAUUGCCAGUCGACAUCAAAAUAUUCCCCUUUAAUAACGAGCCUAAAACGAUGUAGUCCUCUUCAUGUUUUACUGAUGCUGACCAGUACCUACGUUGUGUACAAAUUUGUAAAUAUUGUACGAUAAUAUUCACGCACACUGGUACAUUUAGGUAUCACAGUAGUUUACAAAAAUCGUGAUUUCGUGAUCUAGAUGUAUCUGUUACAUAAAAUAAUACUGGUACUAUCAAUUUAUAUACCAUCUGAAUGUUAAAAAAUAUGAAAUGAGCAUAGGAGUAAAUCGCGCGGUUUUUAUGCACAGUGUGAUCUAAGCUUUACGAUGAUACUCUAGCAUGUCAUCAAUAAGACCAACACCAAAAACCGCACAAGACGGGAAAUGUAAUAUAUCUGUUCGAAAUAUAUCACACCACAAAAACAAAAAUUAUUUAAUAUUGUUGAUGUUGAUUGUUAAUAAAAUGCAAAUAAUGUAAAUAUCAAAAUAAAUUCUGUAUUUGUAUUUGAAAAGUUGUUUUAAUUUAUGAAUUAAAUCUGACACAGGUAAGUAUCAAAUUAAAAUGCAUGAUGGCAUUUUAAAAAAAAUAUAAAUGUUUUAUUCAUCAAUAUUGCACUAAUGAAAUAUUCAAUUAUAUACACUUUAUUUAUUGAACGAAAAUCAAAACAUGCCUUGAAUUAAUUUUCCAGUUUAAAACAUGUAAUUUCUAUAUUUUUAAUUAUAUAAUAACAAAUCAAUUAAACCUAUACAUCAAGAUUUAUUAACAAAAAAAUCUAUAAAUGUUGAACUGAAUUCAUAAGAACCAACAGUAAUUCCUUUAAAUUUCUAUGUUUUUCUGUAAAAAGCUUGAACAAAUUGGGGUUUUAAAUGUAGACCAAAAACAAGUCAGCUUUUUUUUGUAUAAAUGGUCUUAAAAUUUCAGAAAUAUCAACUUCUUGCACUUAAGUAGAAAAAUACUAUAUUUGUAAAUAAUCAAUCAAUUCUGUUAUAAAUAAUGAAAACUUAAAUUUCCUUUUAGUUUAAAUGUGUUUAAAAGAAUCAAGAGUAUAUGAGAUAAAUAAAUUUAAUAAGCAACAGCUUCUGUUUCUAUACCAAUUAAAAAUAAACAGCUGCAAACAAAUAUGCAGCCUAAAACUUUUAUCACAUGUACAAUAAUUAUUCCAUGAACAUAAAAAAUCCAGUCCCAGUAA